GAGGACGGAGCCUGUGAGUUCUGGAGUCUGGACCACAGCUGAGCUAAGCUUCCGUUUCCGUCCUGAUUGGAGACCCGCUCGUGGGCGUGAAGCGCACAGAGGGGAAGAAAAGUACAAAACGCGAGAUCGCGGUGGCGUGCGCGGCCGGACGUGCCGGCGACACGCGUCGACAGCGUGACGCGUCCAUCUCGCCCGCCAUAGACUACGCCGCGGCUUGCCAACUCUCCGUCGCGACUCCUUCCCACGCCUUUACGGCCGGCCCGCGACUUCUUCCUCGAUCUCGGGCCCCAACACGCUCGACAAAGCAGCCAGUACGGAACCAGAGCCCCCCCUUCUCCUAUUCUCUCUCUCUCUCAGCUUGCCUCCUCCUUCUUCUUCUUCUUCUUCUUCGCGAGAGAGAGAGAGAGGGGGUGAGCGAUGGGGGGGUGUGUAUCGAGGCCGGAUGGGUGCGUGGGAGGGCGGAGGAAGCCGGCGGGAGGGAGGCGGAGGCGGCGGAGGAAGGUGAUCAGGAGGCGGGUAUCGUCCCGGAACUCGAUGGAGACGAUCGUUGAGAUGGAGAUCGCGGACGGGCCGGAUCAGGGGUCAUACGGCAACCCCGCGUUGCAAGCACGCUUGUCUGGAAGCAAUGAGGAGGCAUGGUAUGACUCGAUUGCGAUAAUAGAGUCAGACGAGGAUGAUUUCCAAAGCUUUCAGGACGAUGCUUCUUCUUUAAAUGGAUUUGAAAGCGAAGCUCGGUUGAGUGUUUCAUCUUUAAAAGAUGCCACCCAUGGAGGUUCUGCUGUCAAUGCUUCCUCCAUCUCUUCCACUGACCAACACCCCAAGGGCCACAAAUCGGGGGAGCAAUAUACAGGAAAUUCAGAGAAAAAUUAUGUGAGCCAUGACGAUGUAUCAAGCCUUUCUGUGGAUGAAGAAGCUGGUAGGGAAGAAGGGGGAAUACUGGACAAUUGUGGUAUUCUGCCAAACAACUGCUUGCCUUGCCUUGCUUCUGCAGCUCCCACGGCUGAAAAGAGGAGAUAUCUAAGUUCCAGUCCACCAAACUCAACGAAAAAAACUACUUUGAAGCUUUCCUUCAAGCGAAAGCUCGGGGAAGGACAUGCUGCUGCAACACUGUUUUCUUCGAAGGCUAUCCUUGAAAGACCACUGGCAGGUUCUCAAGUUCCAUUCUGCCUAGCGGAAAAGAAAAUACUGGAUAGCUGGUCAUGGAUCGAGCCUAGUACAUUCAGAGUCCGGGGAGAACACCAUUAUAGGGAUAAGAAGAAAGAAUUUGCUCCAAAUUAUGCAGCAUAUUAUCCGAUUGGUGUUGAUGUCUACUUGUGUCAGCAGAAAAUAAAUCAUAUCAGUCGAUUCGUGGAACUCCCCAUUUUCAAUACAUUUGGCAAGCUCCCAGCUAUUCUUGUAGUAAAUGUUCAGGUUCCAUUAUAUCAUGCUACAAUAUUUCAGAGUGAAACUGAUGGGGAAGGGAUGAGCUUUGUCUUAUAUUUUAAGCUCUCUGAAAAUUAUUCAAAAGAACUUCCAUCCCCUUUCCUGGACAGUAUUAGAAGGUUGAUUGAUGAUGAGACAGAAAGGGUCAAAGGCUUUACUAUGGAUACUAUUGUUCCCUUUAGGGAAAGGUUAAAAAUACUUGGUCGUGUAGCAAAUUUGGAGGAUCUUCCUUUAAGUGCAGCAGAGAGGAAGCUUAUGCAUGCAUACAAUGAGAAGCCGGUGCUCUCUCGUCCUCAGCAUGAUUUUUACUCGGGAGAGAAUUACUUUGAGAUUGAUUUGGAUAUGCAUAGAUUCAGUUACAUCUCAAGGAAAGGAUUUGAAACAUUUCUAGACAGGCUGAAACUGUGCAUCUUGGAUGUUGGCCUAACAAUACAGGGAAACAAAGCUGAAGAGUUGCCUGAGCAUAUCUUAUGCUGUGUUCGGUUAAAUGGUCUUGACUACAACAAUUACCACCAGCUCGCUGUGCAUUGUCCUUAAAGUUGAAAAAUCAGUGUCAACCAGCUUACUUGAAAAUGUUUGUGUUGGAGGAGUCUACACAUCCUGAGAUUAAAGAAGCUACAGGGUGACAUGCCAAAAUUUUCACUCUGUGACAUUGGAUUAUUGCCUGGCACACAAAGAGGGUGUCCAUGCCAUGGAAAAUAGCAGCAGUUCUUCAAUUUCAAAAUACUUAAUGUAUGCUGAAAAUUAGUUGUUAAGGCCAGUGGUAGAAGAGUAAGCUGAUGAUAAGUUGCAGAUCAGAGUGGUACAAAUGUUGAUGUCAAUUGGAAAUUGAUUAAAAAUAUCAUUCACCAUUUCACUAGUUAUCAAUGUAUGUUUAUUGCAGUCUUUGUCUGUGUUUUUUUUUUCCCCCACAAAAAAAGAAAAGAAAAAAGGGGCUGUUCUUAA